CUUUUGACUUUAUUUAUCUCAUAUAUAGUUGGAAAGACACCAUAGCACGCGUAUGGCUCAUCACCGGCUGCUCCUCUGGCUUUGGCAAACAAAUCGCUAUAGCCGCUGCGAAUUUCGGUGACACGGUGGUUGCUGGGACCCGCAAUCCAUCCAAGUUAGAGGACCUCAAAGAGACGGACAACGGCAAAAUCAUCCCCUGACAACUAGAAGUCAGUUCCAGCGACCAAGAGAUUCAGGCUUGUGUCCAGGAGAUCCUUUCCGUAGUUGGACGGAUUGAUAUACUGGUCAACAAUGCUGGAUAUAUCCUCGAGGGUGCUAUUGAGGAGUGCAGCGACGAAGAAGUAAAAGCUCACUUCGACGUCAACGUCUUCAGCCAAUUCCGUGUCCUCCGCGCAGUCCUCCCCAGCAUGCGCGCCCAAAAAUCCGGCGUCAUCGCAAACCUAGGCUCAGUAGGUGGCUGGUCCGGCGCUCCAACCGGAGGUCUAUACUGCGCUAGCAAGGCCGCAAUCGCCAUCUACACCGAGGCGUUGCGCGGGGAAUUGGCUGAGUUCGGUAUCCAGACGACAUGCAUUGAGCCGGGGUAUUUCCGUACCAAUGUUUUAGUUGGUGAUGGUGGGAAUAAGGUGCCGGCUGAGGGGCAUAUUGAAGAGUUGGAGAGUGUGACGAAGCGGGCUGGUGAGGUGCUGAAGGAGUAUAAUCAGCGACAGCCUGGCGACCCGGUUAAGGGGGCGCAAGUUAUUAUUGAGGCAUUGACGGGGACUGGGCGUUGCCAGGGCCGGAGCCUUCCUCCUCGAUUGGCGCUGGGGAAUGAUGCCGUGCAUGCUAUAGGUGCGGCUCUUGAGAGGAAUCGCGAGGAGUUUGAUUUGUGGAAGGAUUUGGUAGCGACGACGGAUUGUGAUGAUGUGUAGUAGGUAGUGGAUUUCAUAGAUCCAUGUAUGAGAUAAGAGCUCUGUGCAGUCAGCGAGAUGGAUGCACGAGAAAUAUAAUCGAGGCCUGGCUGUUAGAAAACUUGGUGCAAAGUCUCCAAAAUAUACGAUCAUGGCCACCCGUUAAACAAUUCGAUUC